UUGCCUCAGUUUAAGUAAAAUCUCAGUGAAGCAAGAAAAUCUGAAGUACCUUCCUUAAAGAAAACCUGGGCAUACAGUAACUUCACAGGUCUAGCUGGGCUUAUUUACGCAGAUUGUUCACUGGUCUCUGCUGCCUGGUACUUGAACCUGUUUGGAAUUUUUCUCAUGUGGAUCUAAGGGGAAUGCUUUAUUAUGGCUGCUGUGGUCCAACAGAACGACCUAGUAUUUGAAUUUGCUAGUAACAUCAUGGAGGAUGAACAACAGCUUGGCGAUCCAGCUAUUUUCCCCGCCGUCAUUGUGGAGCAUGUUCCUGGUGCUGAUAUUCUUAACAGCUAUGCAGGUCUGGCCUGUGUGGAGGAGCCCAAUGACAUGAUCACUGAGAGCUCCCUGGACGUCGCUGAGGAGGAGAUCAUCGACGAGGAUGAGGACGACAUCACCGUCACAGUCGAAGCUUCCUGUCAUAAUGGGGAUGAAACAAUUGAAACCAUCGAGGCUGCUGAGGCACUCCUCAACAUGGAUUCCCCUGGCCCUAUGCUGGAUGAAAAGCGCAUGAAUAAUAAUAUAUUUAGUUCCUCUGAAGAUGACAUUGUUGUUGCCCCAGUCACCCAUGUGUCCGUCACAUUAGAUGGGAUUCCUGAAGUGAUGGAAACUCAGCACGUUCAAGAAACAUAUACACACUCACCAGGACCCUCAUCACCAGAACAACCUAAGAGAAAGAAAGGGAGAAAAACUAAACCACCACGUCCAGAUUCCCCAGCCACUACACCAAACAUAUCUGUGAAGAAGAAAAACAAAGAUGGGAAGGGAAACACAAUUUAUCUUUGGGAGUUUUUACUGGCACUGCUUCAGGACAAAGCUACUUGUCCUAAAUACAUCAAAUGGACCCAGCGAGAAAAAGGCAUUUUUAAAUUGGUAGAUUCUAAAGCAGUAUCCAGGUUGUGGGGGAAGCACAAAAACAAACCUGACAUGAAUUAUGAGACCAUGGGAAGAGCUCUCAGGUACUAUUACCAAAGGGGUAUUCUGGCAAAAGUAGAAGGUCAGCGCUUGGUGUAUCAGUUUAAGGAUAUGCCAAAAGACCUUAUUUAUAUAGAUGACGAAGAUCCAAGUUGCAGCGCAGAGUCUUCAGAUCCAUCACUGUCGUCAACAACCACUUCAAGUAGGAACCCAGCAAGUCGAUCGAGAGCAUCUUCAAGUCCAGGAAUAAAAGGAGGCGCCGCUACAGUUCCGAAACCAGGGAAUUCGAAAGCUGCAAAACCCAAAGAUCCCAUGGAACCUGUGCAGCCGUCCGAGGCUCUGAGGACAGUACAGUCCACACAGACUCCGUAUCCUACCCAGCUCUUCCGGACUAUUCACGUGGUGCAGCCGGUACAAGCUGUUCCAGAAGCAGAAGCAGCCAGCAGCAUGCCAGAGGAGACGUUAAAUCCUUCCGUUCCGAGUAUUAGGACCAUACAGACUCCAGCCCAAGUUCCAGUGGUGGUAUCUCCUGGGAAUCAGCAUUUGCACACGGUAACACUCCAGACAGUGCCAAUCACAACAGUGAUAGCCAGCGCAGAUCCAUCGUCAGCUGCUGGAUCUCAGAAAUUCAUCUUACAAGCCAUCCCAUCCUCACAGCCCAUGACAGUCCUCAAAGAAAACGUGGUGCUCCAGUCGCAGAAGCCGGGCUCCCCUCCCUCCAUCGUCUUGAGCCCUGCCCACGUGCAGCAGGUCCUCACCAGCAGUGUCCCGCCCGUCUGCAACGGAACCGUCAGCGCGGCUUCGUCGCCGUCCUUCAGUGCUACCACGCCCAUGGUGACCUUUUCUCAUCACAGUUCACAGCUGGUUGCUCACCCACCUGGCACUGUAAUCACUUCAGUUAUCAAAGCUCAAGAAGCAAAAACUCACAUACAGGAAGAAGUGAAAAAGGAGGUUGAAGAUAAUGAGGAACAAGGCACUGAAGACGCUGAGCAGCAGCCACAGCCUUACGUGAUGGUGGUGUCCAAUGGAUUUCCUUCUCAGGCAGCUGUGAAAAACGAACUACUGGAGCCCAGCUCCUUCUGAGGAAGACGCCAAAGGAAUUACAGAUGGCUGGUUUUUAACUGAACAUUUUCGAUUGUAUGCAAACUAUUGAUUCUAAGAUAAAUCCUCCAAACUUUCCUCAUUUUGUAGUUACUUGUUAAAAAUUAGUAACAGUUAAUUUUGAAUUUGUUAGAUGAGGGGGGAAAACCCAGAUAUUUCUGUUUGUUCUCCAAAUGUUUCAGAAUUCAGUUGUGAAGGAACAGGCAUUUUAUACUAUGAAGACAUUCUUUUGAGAUUUUUUUUCAGUGGUUAUAUGAUAAGCAUUUUACAAGCACCAUUUUAAAUUUUAUACUGCAUUAGCUUUUCUGAUUCUUUUGUAAAUACAAUACUUAAAUGUAAGACAUCAGGAAAUUUAUAUAGGAGCUGUUUUCAUUCCACUCGUAUCAAAGGUUAAGUCUUGACUCUUUGAAAUGCAAGACACCUAUUUUAUGCUUUGUUAAAAUUAUGAUUUCACUUAGAUCGACUUUAGUUUGUUGCACUCUAUGUUGAGCUAUGCCUAUGUAAAAUAUAACUUUAAAAACCGAAAUGUGCCCGUGAUAGGGCUGAACCUGUUUCAGAAGCAGGAUAAUAGAAAAGCAUCAGCCUAAGAGUGGUUCCCCUGCUGACUAGCUGUGUAACCUUGGGCAAGCCACUUGAUCUUCUGGGCCUCCUAAGAGCAAUGGUGUAUUGGAUUAGACUCCAACUCCUAUCUAGUUCCUAUCUAGUUCUCCAAUUUCCCAUCUAGUUCUAAAUUUUAUGAUUCUAACUCCUACAUUUUAUCAAUUUAUCAAAUUUAUCAGUUAGUAUCAAUUAAAACAUUAUCAGCUUAUCUCCUAAUGUAAAUAUAACUAAAAUA